AUGGGCGUAAACGGCACGAUAUCCCGCCUUCGCUUCGGCUGGAUGAACAUUCGCGAACGCCUGUCCAGAGACGCAACGCAUACCUCGCAUACACCCUGGCUGUUCAUCAAGACCAUUGCACGUGGCAUCACGGCCGUGCUUGCGCUGAUAUCAUUAUCGUUCUUUGCAGCUGCGAUACCGUUGUGGAAUCGCGAUUUGGAGCAUAUCCAUGGUCCGAAUAAGGGGGAUUGGCAGGAUGGGGUUCCUAUUGGGCCGUUGGCGGUGGCAUUCUUAUACAACGCCUUCACAAGCAUAUACGCCAUGCGAACCGCCAAACGAGUCCCCUACAUGCUGGAGCUGACGAUUGACUUUCUGAUCUGGGCCACACUCGUCCCCGCACUGGUAUUCGCGACCUGGGGCGGCGUCUUCAACGUCUGGCAGACAGCCACGACAACUAUGGAUCCGAAUUCGUCGGGGAUGGUAGUGAUGUGCGAUAUGUCCACGAACUUUUGGAGUAGAGAGUGUUUCCCGGAUUUGUAUCCGAUGGGGUUGAUUGAGAUUGCUGGUAUUGGGUUUGGGGUUCCUGUUUGGAUCUUUCACGUCUUCCUCUUCGUGCAUGGCAUAGUCGAGCGAUGUACAAGGGCUCAGCGAACAAAGUCCCGGGCCUCGGAAAUGAUCAAGAAUCUCGAGGCUGAUGGGAAUAAUGUCGGAGGGGGGAGACCUGGCAUGUAUCCGGGGUCGUAUUUCUAUACUUAG